AUAUUCCUUGACAGAGUUAAAAAAUAGCAAUGAGGUAUCUAUCAUUUAAUAUAAUUUUUAUAAAUCAUAAGUUGAAACUCUUUGAACUUAUAAAUAUAUUUUUAAAAGUUUGCUGAACAAAGUUCUACUCAUUCACAAAGUUUUACUAAUUCCACUAUUAAAAACUUGAGUUAUUAACAAGUAUCCAAAGAAAACAUUACCUGAAGAGGGAAGCACAUAACCACAUUGUUGCUCACCAUGGCCAGUGACUGGGAAAUCUUCUACAAGCAAACCUUUCCACCUCUUGAAUUUGACAAUGUGUGUGAGAGACUGCGACGCUGGUGCCAAUAUCAUGCCGCCCACAAACACAAAGUGGCACUUGUAACGUCAGGAGGCACCACCGUUCCUUUAGAACGUAACACUGUCAGAUUCUUGGACAACUUCAGCGUUGGCACCCGUGGAGCGGCAUCCUGCGAGCAGUUCCUGCAGCUAGGAUAUGCCGUGGUGUUUGUUCAUCGAGAGGCGUCAGUGCUGCCUUUUGCUCGACAUCUUCAUCCUGCCAGAGUCCUGGAUGCUCUUGCUGGGGUCUCCAGCUCGUCCAAAGCAUUGGAUAAAGAUUUGGGGCAUGAAAAUGAAGUUAUGAAACAGAACAGCAAAUCCCCUGGAAAAGUUCCGACCCCUGUGCUUGAGUUGUCAUGUGAUGUUGCUUGCUCUUCACCAGCGACCACAGAAGGAACUGAUGAACAAGAAGACUUCUUCAGAGUGUUGUCGCCCAAUGCCCUCAGCAAUGAAACAGAGAACCUCAGGCUGGAGUUUGACAGUGCAACUUCAAAGGCAUUGCGACCACUUGUAAGGUGCUACAGAAAAGCUGUGCUUGGUGACAUGUUGCUGGCGAUCCCAUUCUCUUCUUUAACGUCAUACCUCUGGUACCUCAGGGCGGUGUGUGAGUGUCUGGAGCAGGAGACGCGACACGCGCCUGCCGCCCUCUACCUGGCGGCUGCUGUGGCCGACUACUACAUCCCUGAGGAGAAGCUGUCCGAGCAUAAGCUGGAGUCGUGCACAGGUCCGCUGUCCAUCGAGCUCGAGCUGGUGCCUAAGAUGCUCCUGCCGAUGAUGAACGUUUGGUCGCCGAGUCUCUACGUGGUAUCCUUCAAGCUCGAGACCGAUGUCACUAAACUCCUAACCAAGGCCAAGGCUGCGCUGCACAAAUACGGCCAUCAUCUUGUGGUGGGCAACCUCCUCCAGACGCGCAGAGAACAAGUGACGCUCGUGGAGCCUUCAUCUCUCUGCAAUAAAAUUCAUUCAGCAUCUGGGGAAAAGUCAUUAUCGACUUCAACCACUGAUGAAUUUUCCGUAGAAACUCAUAUUCUGCAGCUGAGUGAUGACAACAGAUCUGCUGGACUGGAGAUUGAGGAACGAAUUGUUAUGGAGAUUUGCUCUAGACAUGAGAGUUUUAUUAAAAAUCGAUGCUCAUAAGACCGCGUUUACUUAUUUGGAUCAGUUGUUCUCGAACUGUUAUAAAUUUUCAUCUCUAGAUAGUAACAAAACUUUUUUGGGAAGGGUUCGUACUACAAGUGUCAGUGUGAUUCAUGUAUACCAAAAGUGUGUCAGUGCAACUAAUUUGUAACACUGCUGUCCAAACCUUUGAAAAGAGGUCAGUUGAAUAAUGCUGAUUUUGGUUACAAGAUCAAAGAUUUUGGGGAUCAAUAAUCCAAAAUGAUACAACCAAAUCUUACUGCUGAAGAUAUCUUUCGACUUUUAGCAAUUCAUCUUUCAUUAAUAAUGGAUGAUGAAUUCACGGACUAUACUCAAACAUAAUUUGUUGUCAGUUACAUAUGCAUUAACUUUUAUUUCGAGGCAAAGUGGCCAGGAGCAAAAGUUCUUAGCCCAGAACUUGAUAGUUGUGAUCUCGUUUAGUUGUUGAUUUUUUAACGCUGUUUUCUUGAUGCUUGUUCCAAUGCUUGAAUUUUGUCUUGUUAGGAUUUAUUUUUGAUGCUUUGAAAUAAGGAGGGUGGGUAGGCGCCGAGUAGAGGUUGCUACUAGGGAUCGUACUAUCAAAAAUAGUUACGAGUUCGUAACGCCGUUAGCCAAGCACCGACGGUUUAACAAGCUAAUCUUACCAAUCACAGACGACGAACGGGUAUGUACAAAGACCGUCACGUGUACUUAGGCCGCCACGUGUACUGUACUCAGGUCGCUACGUGUCGGGGCCCGUUGGAAUUUGAUUUACUUCCUGGCUGAUUCAACCCGAGACUUCCACAGAUUGGAGCCGCUGGUCUGAUUCUUCUCAAUCGUAAUAAUUUUUGCAUAAUUAAUUAAGGGUUGGCUUUCUUAAGUUGGUCAUUCAGGCUAUUCAUGCAGUACAUUUUUUUAUCAACAAAUGUAAUCAUUGAAAUCUUGUUUUCAUUUAUUUUGUUACGUUGUAUAUUGUUUAUUCACAACCAUGUAUUAUAACUAUAAGCGUUAAUGGAAUCUCAUUCUACGAUCGAACAAAUUGAUACGAUUUGGACUUAUUUUCUUUGAUCGUUGUUCUGUACCUAAUCUGUGUAGUAAUUAAAAUUAAGAAGACUAGAUUUUAAUUGGUUGUAGUUGCUCUGCAAGCCUACAGACGUUGUUAUAUUUGUCUAUGAACUGUUUUAGCGUAUUUUGCUGUGAUAAUACUGAGCAUAUUUCGUGACAAUAUUAUUUUUCGGUCGCUAUUAUAACUGUAAUUGCUGAAGCAAUCAAUACUCAAAUGCUUAUCAAUUUUUUCGCUUGAUUUUUCAAGAAAAUUUCCAUCAAUCGUUAACAUUGAAUCAAUAGAUUUUCCUUUGUUCUCUCAAAAGUAAUUACAAUUGAUACUAGUUUGAUCAAUGUGCAUCUACUGAAAAAAUAUGUCCAACACUUGGUACUGCAAUAAUUCUGAGAUGUUUUGUAUUAUUGACUGAAUUUUUUUGAAAGAAUUUCUUAGAAAUUGUGAUGGUGUAUUGUUUAUAAUAUAUAGCUAUACAAACAAUAGCUAUAUUGAUAGACUUCAUGGGAAACGUUCCCAGUGGUUGUUAUUAUAGACUCACGCACACUCAUCACUAAUAUUUUUAAAAUUUAUUUCUAGAUCUGCAGUUAUUGAGAGGACGAUUGGUUGUAAUAUUGUUUGAGUUUCAGUAUCUUGUCAUAGAUUACAUGUCCUGUUUGCGUCACAACUGAGCUUAUUUUAGCGUGCAUAUUUUGACUACUAAAUUAUCAUUUUAUCACUAAGAUAACAGUUAUAGUAAAAAAAAGUUAUCCUAACGAUACUAGGUAGGAUAUUUUGGAUUUCGAAUAGUUCUUGUUGUGUUGGAUUUGAAUUUAUUGUAAGUGCAUUUUCAUUAGCUUAAAUAAUUCAAUCCAGACGUCUUUACGUAUUAGUCCUGCUUAUGUAUCAAGAAUAUUAUUAUGGAUGAAGUGUUUUUUUUACUUAGAUAAGAACUGGGGAUGCUUAAUUCGUUACUCAUAUGAAUAUGUCGGUUUCAUGUCACACAUAAAUUGUAUUUUUAGUUCCUUAGAAAAUCCUAGUUUCAACUCGUCACAAAGUUCCCGUUAUUUCAUUUCUUUAUGAUAACCUGUUUGUUGAAACGCGACGCAAACCGAUGCUCAAAUUUCUAUUCUGUUUGCUAUUUGACGAUUACCUGGUCCAGUAUUUUGUUAUUUUGAUAACAUUUUAGGUAAUUAUGGCUUGUGCGAGGAUUUGAGAGCUAAGAUAACACCCAAUAUAUUCGCCAAAUCUUAGCUGAAACAGAGUGAAACUCAAGUUUUCAUCGAAGAAAUGGUGAGGUUACUCAGGGUUUCUUUGCUUUUAAAUUCUUGGUGAACGUUCAAUUUAAGCAUACUUUUAAUACGCGGCUUUUACAAUUUACAUUGAUUGUAUUAUAUCUUGAAUUAUUAAUUGAUAGUGAGACGGUUGGGACAUCGAUUUAUCUUAAUCAAGUUAAUGUCCGUUAAUUUGAAGUAAUUAGCCAGAAUAGCAUUCCAAAUUUCAGGCUUGUAUCUUAUUUAGGAAAGGGGAGCUAUUGAUCGAAUUCAUAGUUAAGAAACACUAUAGGCGACUACCGCCGCUGACCGCCUUUAUGAUCACUCUUAAAUUCAACUUAAUAAACUUGAAAUGAGUUCCGUGAGUUGCGAGAUGUUAUUUUUAUUGUUGUUCGUGUGCGACCGCGAGUUGCGUAUCACAGAUACCAACAGACUAUAAGACUGAGCUCUUCUCACUGUCGUGUUCUUUUCCUUUCUGGGUUUGUUCAAGGUAUGUUUGUACGUAAGCAAUGUGUUGUAUUCAAUUUGGUUGUUAUUGCGAGGUAUAAUUUUUAGCUUCGUUAGUGAAUUAAUCAAAGUUUGUUAGUUUUUAAUUCCAUGCUGGCUGAUAUGAUGAACUGUCGUAGUUGCUAACAACUUGGUGAAGUUAUCGAUAAUAGAAAAACUUACUUUUCGGUGAAGAAGUGAAGAUACAUGGUGAAUUAACUUCUCGUCAAUACUGAUAACCUCGCCAGUAGCUCUAAAGUCGCCGGCCGUCAACUGAAACGAUAUAUUUUAUAAAAAAACUAAACCACAUAUUUCUAACGCGAUCAAAACUUUGUAGUCAUCGUGUUGGUAUCAAACCCCUCAAAAUCUUAGUUCUGUCCAGUUAAAAACAAGUUAAACCGAAGUUAACAACCCGAAGUUAAACAAGUUAAACCCGAAGUUAACAACCCGAAGUUGAACAAGUUAAACCCGAAGUUAAAACAAUGGUUUUAACUUCGGGUGACGUGAGUCAACGCAUGUGCUGUUUUUGCCGAGUGGCAAAUGAUGUGGCUUUGACGGUAGCGUGUUAUUGGAUUUCAUUAUCUUGUUUUCAUUGUAAUUAAAGCAAACAGAUGACAUGAGCAUACAAGCUGCGCUGUAAGGCAAAAAAUAAAUAAUAAGUCGCUGA